AUGUCUAGUAGUAGGACAAUAAAUCAAUCUCGAGAUAGAAGUUCGAGUAUAAGUCAACAACACCAACAAUUACAACAACAACAACAACAACAACAACAAUCUGAAAAGAUAGAUUUAAAGAUUGUAGAUGAAUUAAGAGAGGAAUAUGAAAGAAAGAUAUCUGCUAUUGUUUAUUGUUUGCAAGAAAAGAGUGAAGAGAAUAUAGAUCUUCAUGCACGUAUUAAAAAGCAAAAGGAUGAACUUGAAAAGAAAGAGAAUGAACAUCAAAAGGUGAUCGAUGGUAUGCAUGAAAUCGUGUCACACAAGGAUGAAGAGAUUGGUCGCGAACGAAAGAAGUCGGCCGAACUCGAACGACGUACUCAUUCCAUGAGUGAGUUGUUUAACGAAAUGGCAGAAGACAAUUUAAAGUUGAAAUCCAUUCUUGAAGAGACACGCAACCGUAUGAUUCAAACUCAAAAAGAGGUCAACAAAGAGGUUGCAGCAGCUGUCAAACGAGGUCAAACUCAGUAUCAACAACAAAUACAACAACUUCAACAACAAGUACAACAACUCCAACAGCAACAAGGUGGUGCUGGUAACAAGUUGUUGACAGGAUUAACUAAAUUGGUCAAUGUUGCCACUCCAAACAAUUCUCCCAAGAAACCAAGUAUCCUUCAACAACAAGCCAGCAAUGGUAACGGAAAUGGAAAUAAUAAUAGCAACACAUUACUUGCCACUCCACCAACAACAAAUGGUGUCAAUUCACCACAUGGAGGUGAUAGUAAUGGUGGUAGUAGUAGUAGUAGUGGUGAUCUCUCUCCAAGUCUUACAUCUCAGUCGAGUGACAAGAAUCUAUUGUCUCAUAUCUUGACACCUGAACAAAUCAUGGUUUCUGCGUUGGAAGAGAUUUGCAAGACUGAAGAUUUGAUUGGUCUCGAUCAUCUUUUGUUGACCGACGAAAGAUGGGCUGCCAGAUUCAAAGACAGCAAGGAUAUUCGUGCCAUCUCCAAAUCAUUGCUCAACAAGAUUAUCGACAAGGUCGAGAUGGACAAGAACCGUUCGUUAGAGGUAACUGAACGUCUACGUGCUUCAUUGUUGAAUCUCGAGGCUCGCAACGACGAUCUAACACGUGACACUGAAAUUAGUACAAACAAACUCAAAGAUACCGAGGAAACUUGUUUCAAGGAGAAACAACGUGGUGAUGCAUUUAGAGAUAGUGCCGUUGAAUAUGAAAAAAAGAUAAAAGAUAUUGAAACUAGAAUGUGGGAUAAUUUAAAUAAGGAGGGUAAAAGAAGACAAGAUGCAGAAUACAAUGCAAAGAGAUUAAAGAAAAAGGUUGAGGAAUUAGAGUUUUUAUUAGAGGAAUUAAAGGAAGAUGAUUCUGAUGAUUCAUCAACCAUUUCAGAUGUUAGUGAUGAUGAUGACGACGACAAUGGAGAAAAAAAUCAAAAGGAUCAAAAUGAUAAUUCAGAUGAUUCAGAUGAUGAUGAUAAUGAACAAGAUAAUGACGAAUCAAAACAACAUCAAGAAAAUCAAGAAAAUGAACAAAAUAUUAAACAACAACAACAAGAAAAUGCAGAAAAACCACAAGAACAACAACAAAUCAAACAUGAUAGUGACAGUGAUUCUGAUAAAGAAGAAGAAGAAGAAGAAGAAGAAGAAAAGGAAGAAGAGGAGGAGGAAAAAAUAGUAAAAGAAGAGGAAAAAAAGGUAGAUGAUACUUUACCAAAAAUAGAACCAUCUUUGACAUCAUCACCGUUUAUAGAAGAUAAUAAUAUAACUAGUACACAUGAAUAUGAAACAAACAAGGAUCAUGGUAAAGAAGAAGAAACAAAAGUUUCUUUAAAUAGCGACCAAGUCAUCAAUACAGAACCAAAACCAACAGUUAUAGAGAAUAUGGCUGAAAGAAAGAAUAGUUUUCAUAAAGAAGUCGAUCCAUUAACUCCAUCAUCAUCGUCAUCGGUUGAAAACGAAUCACCAAUGUCAUUUUCACCACCCCACAAUAAUAAUAAUAAUAAUAAUAGUAUAAAUCAACAACCUCCCCAAAAUGUAUUACCACAACCUUCUUCUUCUUCUUCUACUACUACCACAAUCGACACGACUCCAAUAGAACCAACUCUGGAACCAACUCCAAUAGAGCCAACUCCAAUAGAACCAACUCCUUUGGAACCAACCCAACCAAUUUCGCCACCAAGUCCAUCUUCACCAGUAGUUUCAUCAUCUCCUACUUCUACUACUACCACUUUAAAUAAUAAUUCAUCAAAGACAGCUACAAGAUCAACGUCAUCGAGUAGAUUGAGUAUAUCAGGUUUGAAUAGUUUACUAAAAAAAGUAGGUGGAUCAAAAGACCAAAAGGAAGAUGAUGAAAAAAUCGAUGCUACCACAUCCCAUUCGUCUUCAUCGGCCAGUGAGGACAAGAAUAGUAAAGAACGUAAACUAAAGGAAAAAGAAAAGGAAAAAGAGUUAAAGGAAAAAGAAAAAAGAGAAAAGGAGGAACGAAAAAAGAGGGAAAAGGAGGAACAAAAGGAAAGAGAAAAAAGAGAAAAGGAAGAUAAAAAGAGAGAUAAAUCUAAAAUCUAA